CUUUCGCAACUCACUUAAUAAUUCCUCCCACAACUUCGCAAUAUAUAUACUCUCUUAAAUCACCGACACCAACUAGAUUCCCUCCCCAUCACAGCCAACCUGUGGCUCGAUCUCUCUCUGGAACGUUAACCCACUUAAUUCGACGGGGGUGUCUCACGCGCAAACCUAGAGCCUCCCGCGCCACCACCUAUGGCCUCGGCACCGACACUCCCUAUGUCGAAUCCCCCGCAAUCAUCCCAGCCCCCAAUCUCCACGCCCGCCUUCCGAGCGUUCGUCUCGCGGCUCUUCUCCUCAAUCCGCCACGGGUUCUCCCAUCGCCGUCCGUGGUCCGAGAUGGUAGACCGGAGCUCCAUGGCCCGACCAGAUUCCCUCACAGAGGCCUACUCCCGGAUCCGCAAGAACCUCUCCUACUUCCGCGUCAACUACCUAACCCUCCUCGCUCUCGUCCUCGCCCUUUCCCUCCUCUCCCACCCUUUCUCCCUCGUCGUCCUCCUUUCCCUCCUCGCCGCCUGGGCUUUCCUCUACGUCUUCCGGCAGUCCGACCAGCCUCUGAUCGUUCUUGGACGUACCUUCUCCGACCGGGAGACCCUACUCGGCCUGUGUCUCCUGACCGUCAUCGUGAUCUUCCUCACCAGCGUCGGAUCCCUUCUGAUCUCUGCGCUGAUGAUCGGCUUCUCCAUCAUUUGCGCACACGGUGCGUUUAUGGUUCCCGACGAUCUCUUCCUCGACGACCAGGAGCCUGCCAAUUCCGGAUUCCUCUCUUUCCUCGGCAGUGCCGCAGCCUCCGCUCCCGCAGUCGCCGCGCGAGUGUGAACCGGAUCUUACCUAGCUCGCCACAUGUAAGGUUGGUUAGCUGUGAAAUUGAUUGCUAUACGUUCUUCUGUUUGUAAUUGUAGUGAGGGACUUGGAAGGUUCAUAUGCUUGGGAAAUUCCGACGAAUGUUAGGGGUUUUAUUAUAUUUUAAUUAUACCCCUCAUUCAUACAGAUUGGAUCUGAAUUGUGCUAUUUUUAGAUCUCAUUUAAGGAGACUUGUAUGGCUUACUAGAUCAUAGUUCUGCUAAUUUUGAUUUUUCAAUUAAUGCAGUUCUGUCACUUGUACCAUA